AUGGCCAGCACUCCGCCAGAAGUCGCAUGCAUAGACAUCGGAUCGAAGGACGGCAUACAGUGCUAUUCUCUAGACGACCUGAGCCCACCCGCCUGCAGAGCCGCGUUCCCGCCAGGAGGCCGAACGGGCAUCUUGGACGAGGGGUGCCGCUCAAAUAACCGCUGCACUACGACGGGAGGAAGGAGACUACAGCAGAGACGGCUAGGGCCCGUGAGGAGGUUCGCCGCGUGUGUAAACGCCCCGUCCAUCUCGCGAUUGCUCACCGCUGAGCUCCUGCCCUCGAACAUCACCGACAUCGUGGGCCAGUACGACCUCCUAGGGGCCUCCGAGGGCUCUCUGAUGAGUGUUACGUCGGAUGUCACGGACUGCCUGUCUUCGACCUGCAGGCACGCCAGGGGCUCCCACCGGUGCUACGAUCAGCACUGCUCGCCGGUCAGACUCCUCGUCAAUAACACCGUGCCGAAUCUUACGGCGGUGGACGACUGCCUCGGCUGGCUCUGCAACAGCAGAUAUGAUGCUUUGCCCUAUGCUGACUCAGACGUCAUUGGAGUUGGGGUUCGUCGACCCUCCGUUCUUACGUGGCUCUUACUGACGCCUUUGCAGUCCACGAGAAAGAAGCGCAAAGGACCUGCCGAUAAAGACGAAGCUGGAUCCGCGCAAAAGAGGCCCCUCGAUGACCAUACCGAGCCAAAGGGCACACUCAACGGGCGCGAGAACAGGAGCCUUCGGGUAGUGCUGCUGGAAGAGUUCCACAAAGCCCAAUGCUGGUUCGCGGCAACGCUGAUGGUCGUCUCCCUGACCUAUGGCAUCUACGAAGCCAACCUGCUCCUGGUGUUCAUGCUGACACCGAUCUCCCUCAACGGCGUCCUGCCUAUGGUGUUCGCCUAUUUUCUCCUGGCUUUCUACGAGCCGGUAUCGCUGGGCGUCACGGCCGUGACAUCGAUCGUCUAUGCCCUUUCAUCAGUUGUGUUCUGGAGUCUGUAUGCACAGCAUCGGGCCUCGGAUGACCUCGGCGCACCCAAUGUGUACGAGCAGUCCAUGUUCAAGCUGUCGGACAUACCUGCCUGUGGAGGCUAUUCAGCACUGGCGGUGUGUCCGGACAGCUUCACCUUUCCACUGGGUACUCGGGAGAUUGAGGCGGCAGGACAUCGAAUCCACGUCUUGACGCCACUCAUCUGGUCGUUCACAACGGUCGUGUUCCUGAUCCUUCUCGUCUACCAAUUGUACGAAUUUCCUCAGAGAAAAGAAGGCAGACCUGGCCAGAAGGUGGGGACUAUACGCAACGAGUCGAUCAGACAGAGGAUCGGGCGGGGAAAGAGGCUAUUCAGUUUGUUUGGUAGCUCGUUCACGAUCUGGCAUAUCCUGGCCGUCCUGGCAACGGCUGCUUUCCUGGCUGGUCUGGGAAUGCAGCUGUCUCUGUUAUCGAUCGCCAGUUCUCUGAAGAUGAUGCAGUGGUCCAACUGGUCGUUUGAACAUAUAGUAGCAGUCACGGUUGGGUUGCGCCGUUGGUACAAUGUUUCAACGUGA